UCAUUAUUUAUUCAGUUGUGUUUUUAAUAAUUUGUAAAAAAUCUAAAAAAUAAUGUUACGAAAAUCUCAACGUUCAAGUAUUUCGGUCCAGAAUUUAGCACAAAAUUCUAAAUUAGAGAAAAAAUUAAGAUUUAAUGAAGAAAACAUCCAACAAACUCAUCAUCCAGUUCAAAAGGAUUAUGGAUUUAUUGCUAUUCCUGAAGCUAAAACACCAUUUCCUAGGCACGGUGAUCCCAUAGCAGCCGAAGAUUUACGUAAACGUUUACAAGAAUCACUAGAUCGUGCUAAUCGUAUGAUGCUCAAUGAUAAUACUGAUGAUGACGACGAACGCACCUUUAAUAUGGAUGAACUGCAAACACCAUUAGCUAGUUUAGAUUUCGAAGAUCAAGAACGUAGACGAACUGAAUUCUAUAAGAAACGUAAACAAUUUUAUCAAUCUGAAUACAUAAUAGCGCAACAAAAAUCAAUGAGCUCAGAAAUACCAGAACCUGGUCCGUCUGUUGGAGAGAAUUGGCGUAUUGUGAACAAUGAUGGAAACACUUCUUUGCCGUCAAAUUUCAAUUCCUUUAUAAGUAAUAAUCGUCAGUCUACGGUUAAUUAUGAAACACUGCGUGAAAUUGCCGAACAAAUGUCUAGUUCAAGUGAACAAUUUAUUUAGUUGCUCAUAUUUAAGUAUUUAUCUAAAAUCAUUAGAUGUAUCUCAGACGAAGUUAUGUUUAACUUAAUCACUUUCGUUUAUAAGUAUACUAGGAAAUACUAUAUGCCAGACACGUUUUCUUGCCCGAAAAUAUGUGUACAUUGUAUGUAUACACAAAAGUAUUUAUUUAACUUUAACUAUAGAAAUUAUUAAUUAAAUUCGCAAAUCAUAGGAAAAACUUAACACAGAGUGUCAAGAAAUAUUUCAAACAAAAGACUUUAUUGUUUUGUUAAUCUUAACAUUUUCAUUAAUUCGUAUAUUUUUUAAUAAAAAUAAAAUAAUUAUGAAUUUUUUUUAAA